UUGGCUGAACACUCCGGAUUUUUGCGUCUGGUUUCUGAUAUCGGCUGUCUGUUUGGUGUGACGCCGGGAAGUGUGAUUUUAUAAAUUAUUUUUUAUUUUGUGUUUUUAUUUUGGCGGGGAGAGGGGAAUAAACCAGGAAGCAAAAUUCUUUCGUCUUGAUACGUCUGGGUUUCUAUUCCUACUCGUGUCAAGAAGCCAGCAACGCGUUGAAGCCAGAGCGGCCGGUUGCGCCUAUUGAUUGGUAUUUGAAAUAAUGGCCGCGCUUUAUGCUUGUACCAAAUGCCACCAGCGGUACCCGUUUGAGGACCUCUCCCAGGGCCAGCAGCUAUGUAAGGAGUGUCGGAUAGCACAUCCAGUAGUCAAGUGUACAUACUGCAGAACUGAAUUCCAGCAAGAAAGCAAAACCAACACAAUAUGCAAGAAAUGUGCACAGAAUGUGAAGCAGUUUGGAACACCCAAACCCUGUCAAUAUUGUAACAUUAUCGCUGCCUUCAUUGGCACCAAGUGUCAACGUUGUACAAAUUCAGAGAAGAAGUAUGGGCCACCUCAGACGUGUGAACAAUGCAAACAGCAGUGUGCCUUUGAUCGAAAAGAUGAGAGUCGGCGAAAGGUAAUGGAAGUUGAUGGAAAACUGCUGUGUUGGCUCUGUACACUUUCAUAUAAGCGUGUUCUGCAGAAAACAAAAGAACAGAGAAAGAACUUGGGCUCGCACUCCUCCUCGUCUUCAACUUCAUUACCUGAAAAAGAGGUCUCUAAACAUCACCAUAGUACGAGUCGUCACAAAAUUGGCAGCCUAAGUCCAGAGCAGCAGCAUGGCGUUUGGAAAAUGAGCCAUAAAUCGACAUCAUCUAGUAUUCAAAACGAAGCUCCAAAGAAAAAGCCAAAACUUGAAACAAAGCCCUCCAAUGGAGACAGCAGUUCAUUAACCCAGUCAAUGGAUUCUGGUGGGACAGACAACUUUGUUAUUAUCAACCAAUUAAAGGAAGAAGUGAUGUCUUUGAAAAGGCUUCUGCAGCAGAAAGAACAGACUAUCUUGGAAAGAGAUAAAAAGCUGACUGAGUUGAAGGCAGAUUUUCAGUACCAGGAAUCUAAUCUUAGAGCAAAAAUGAACAACAUGGAAAAAGCACACAAAGAUGCAGUGGAACAGCUACAGGCCAAAAAUCGAGAAUUGCUGAAACAAGUUGCAGCAUUGUCCAAGGGUAAAAAGAUAGAGAAGACUGGAAAUGUUAUGUUGUCUCCUUGAAGGGCUUCUUGAAAAGUGUAUCAUGAAAAUAAAAGCAAAUACUGCCGUGGUAGUAGAGGUUACUGUGAAGUCUUUUCGUAUAGAAAAUGCACCCCGAUUGUUUUCCAAGUGGUUAGAUUUAAUUUUUUUAAACUAGCAAUAAGAAACUGUGCUUUUCACAGAAGAUAAAUGAUAUGUCAUAAGAUGUUGAAUCACUUUUUUUAUUACCAUCUUGAAUUUGAAUGUUUAAAAAGGGAAGGUGAAUGAAAAUGAAUAAAUGAAGCUUUCAUCUGUUGUAACCUUCUGCAAAUUGCUCAAUUGCCUUGCAAUAAAAAUCUAAACAUCCCGUUUUCUGACAUGGCAAGUGUUAGUUUUACUGUAAUACAUUCGUACAGAAAAUCUGAGGUCUGGUAAAUUAUUCCUACUGAUUUAAGUGUUCCUCUAAUCCUGUAAGAAAUUCUAAUGGUAACCUGGGCAAGGAUUUGUUUGUAACUGAGUUCAGAAGUAAAAUAUAAAUUACAUUUCCUAUUUUGAGCGGUGUGAAUGCCUUUCUUUAAUUUGUCUAUGGAAGAAUAUAAUAGUAUAUAUGCUUUAUGCAAAUCACAGCCAAUAGAAUGUAUAAAAAAAUGUAUACUGAAGACUCCAAUUUGCCUUUGGAAUCAAUUUUUCAGAUGCUGUAGAAUUCCAAACAGUUGAUGUUCCUGAUACAUUUAACUGACAUUAGAAAUGUUUGAGUGGGAAAACUUGCUUUUCAGCAAUAUUUCAUCUUGUUUUCACCUUAAUUCAUGUGUGUUUCUACAUAUGUGCAAAAAUUGUUACAUUGAUUGAAGGAUAGUGUAGAAUAUGCAUAUUCUAUAACGAGAUAAGUGAGAUAUUCCCAUAGGGAGCAUACAGGUGGUUUCACUUACCUUUCAUUGAAGAGCAACUCCACUUACUGCACAUCACAAUUGUUUCAACCUCCAUCCAAAAAAGCAUGCUGUCUUUUACUUUUGUUUAUGUGCAUCACAAUGCAAAUUGAGUUAAUCCUGACUAAAUGUUCUGUUAUUAAAUUUUAUGUUCUUUUACAUUUUUAAUAUGCACAUAUAGUUUUCACUUACUGGUUGAAAUCCUUGACAUUGAUGUAUGUGGUAGAGUUGGAGUUGUGCCUUAGAUAAGUUAGCAUGAACUUGUUCUACAUCCUUUAAAAGAAAUAUGCUAAGUUUACAGUGAUAGAGACAAAUGAUUGCUGUGUAAAACAAAAGAAAAAAUGGAAAUUCAAAUUGCAUAAUUUUUUCCUGUGCAAUCACAAUCAUUGUUAACGUGAUCCUAUAUUAAUAAGGCUAUAACACAUUAACAUGUUCUCAAAUCUAUAUCAUAUAUUUAUAUGGCAAGCUGUCCUCUAAACUAUUCUUAAUUUAGCUAUUUAUAUAAAGCAAAAAUGCAAAUUGUAUAUAAAAAUAAAUUUGUCUGGUUAUUAAAUACUUAGCCGUUUAAUAAGGUUAGAUUUUCAUGUAAAGGUGCUAUUAAAUAACAAGGAAUGGUCAAGGUAUUUAAUUAUUGAACUUUUGGCAUGAUUUGAUUUCAUUUCUUUAGGAAAACCUAUUCAACUUUUCUAAAUAUUUCAUACAUUUUUGUUUAAUGAUCCCCAAGUAAAAAUUUGGCAUUGUCCCAGAUUGUUUUUUGAGAGAUGUAUGGUAACAAUGUUGGAGGAGAAAGAAAGCAAUUGGUCAGAUGCGUAAUAUUUGUGCAUUUAACAGCUUGAUAAUUAACAGGCUUGUAUAAAGAAUCUUUUAUUUCUAGUUAUAGAAAAGUUAUUUUUAUGUACAGCGUUUUGUGUGCAUUCCAAUCAAUUUGUCAUUUUAAAAAAUUCUACCUGAGCCUUGCAUUCUGACGAUUCUAACCUAGGGCCUUCUUUUGUUUCCAAUAUUCUCAACCAGCAUGAAGUUGAGUAGGUCAUUUAAAGCUAUGCAUUUAAAUCCUAUAAAAAUGUCAAGUAUAAUUUUUUUGGUGACUGUACAAUCUCAGGCUAAUGCAUUUAAUACUUGAUAAUGUCACCAUGCAAUUGUAUGAACAGGCUUCAAAACCUCUAGCAGAUAACUCUUCAUAAGGGGCAUUAUAAAAUUAUUACAGAAGAAUAAUUGUAACUUCUUUGUUUCAACUUUCUUGAUUGUUAGCAUGUUAUUCCAGAUACAAACAUGGUUAACCCUUGUGUCUAUGAAUUACCUCCUCUAGAGCCGAUCUACACUUGAUUUUAAAAACAUAAUUUUCCAACCAGUUAAUGAGAACAAUUUGUAUUUUGUGUGAAAACAGGAACAUAUUACAAAAGUUGUUAUUACCAAAUUGGCAGAAUAUAUAACCAUGUGUAAAUUGUCAUUGACCUCUACCAGUAACAGUGCCUUGUCAUUCUGGAAUUUGGCAUAUGUUCUGUAGUUAUAAUAAUACAUUACUAUUUGUAUAUAAUGUUCUACUAAUGCAGCAGUUUGCUUAUUUAUAAGUGCUGUAAUUUUCUUUUCAUAUUGGUUCAAUGUUUUGAAACUACAUUUUAAUCAUGUUAUUCCAUGUUAUUUCACAAACUAAUUCUAGUUGAUUUUUUUUGGGGGGGAAAUGGUAUCCUUUUUGUUACAGUAAGUCUUGUUUGGAUAUGUAUACAACGUAAUUUGUAAAUUGGGGUGCAUAAAAUUCAGACUUCACAGUAUUUAAAGUUGGAUGGUGAAUUUUAAUCAUGUUUUGAAUUUUAAGAUUCUAAUAUUGUUCAUAUUGUUUUUACCUUCAUUUGUUACUUGAAAAUUAUAAGUUGUAAAAUAGUCUGGGAUGUAUCCUUGCAACAAUAGGCAUAGACUUAUGCUUUUUAUUAUGUUUUGCAAAGAAGUCUCCUGUACAAGUGGUGAAACUGCGAGGUAAAAUUGUUAUGUACUUCAUUUUUAUGUAACCAUAAGUAUAAACUCAUUAAAUUGUUAUUUCUAACGGAAUAGGAUUUAAGUCAAAACUGCUAGUUGUAUUUUAAAAUCUUUCAACUCCUCUUGUAUUUCCUCAUUGAGGAACUGUAUACAUGCUUGGAAUGCGUUCAUUAGAGUUUGUAACUAUACACAGGAGCAAUCUGAAUUCUAUAAACCAGAUAUUGGUCAACUGAAAUUUUAUACUUGUUUUCUAAAUCUUGACAGUUUGAAAUAAAUCUUGUUAAAAUACCUUG